CUUGAUCUCUGUCCACAGCCAUGGUGGUCGACUUAGCAACGGAUGCAAGAUAUGGAACUUGCUGAAAAUUCCAGUGGCCGUUGGGCCAACGUUUGGGAGGCGACGAAAAGUAUCUCCUGCUGCGGCGACUGGGGCCGAGCCCUGGGGUUGCUGGAGGCUUUUGUAGCAUGGCGGCUACGCUUGAACCAUGUGAGUGUCAAUGCCUGCAUCAAUGUUGCACGUCGAGGGUCUGGAUGGCGCAUUGCAGAGCUCCUUUUCGACCAAUUUCCACGAAAGUCUUUAGUUCCAGAUAUCUCCAGUUUUGGAGUUCUCACAAGUGCCUAUGCACUGAGCAAGCAGUGGUGGAAGGCGUUGCACUCGCUGCUGCUGUCACCUGCAUUGGACCAGCUCUCCUUCAAUGCAUUUAGCUCGAGGCUCCCUUGGUCUUGGGCUCUUCGCAGCCUGGAGUUGAUGUCGACGCAGCAGAUCAGAAGGGAUAGCACGAAUCACAACAGUGUCAUCAGCGCAUGCGAGAAAUCUGGCACUUGGAGCACUUGGAUCCUUGCACUGCAGUGUUUGGCACAGCUACCUGAAGAUGCGUUGAUUCCCGAUGUCAUCACCUACAAUGCGAGCAUCAGUGCUUGUCAGAAGGCGUACCAUGGCUGGCGCUACACCUUGGUACUUCUGAAUCGCUGUCCGAAGCCCGACCUGCUCACUUUCAACGGAAGCCUCGGCCGGGUGCGCUGGAUGCAUGGACUGCAGCUGUUGCAGGAGAUGAAAAAUGGCGAAGUGCAGCCGGAUUCCUUCUCCUUGAGUACACUGAUUGAUAGCUGUGGCCACGAGUGGCCGGUGGCCUUGACCUUGUCCCAGAGGUUUCAGGGUCUUCAGAACCGGGUGAGUUCAAAUGCAUCCAUCACCGCUUGCACCCUUGGGAUCCAAUGGGAGAGAGCUUUGUGGCUCCUGUUCUCCAAAUCUGGUGAAAAAGUUCCUGAUCUCAUCGCGUUCAGUUCGGCAAUCACAGCAUGUCAGCGAGUGUCGAAGUGGCGUCAAGCCAUGUACUUGUUCACAUUCCUGUCCCACAUCAACAUCUCACCCGAUGCGAUUUGCUUCUAUGGAGCUUUGUCAUCAUGCGCCAACGUUCACAAAUGGCAAAGUACACUGGAUCUUCUUGAGCACAUGACGGUGAAAAGGUUGCGUCACUCAAGCAUCAGUCACGCAGCAGCAGCGGUUGCAUGCGAACAAACUGGACAGUGGCAGAUCGUCUUGAACAAUUUUUCCUGCGUUUCGACAGAUGUCGAUGUCAUCGGUUGGAACGCCGUGGCAAAUGCGAGCCAAAAUGGGCAGCAGUGGAAAUUGGCAGUCAAGACACAAGACUUGAUUGGCCGAUUGGCCCUCAGAGAUGUUGAACUGCUGCUGAAAACGAUUUGGAAUACCCUCAGGUAAUCAGCUCCGUG